AUGAGAUUGAUGAACGACGUGUUCAGGGAGUAUUUGGACGUGUUCGUCAUCAUUUUCAUUGACGAUAUUCUGAGGGAGUUUCUGUGGAUCCGGCUAAGAUUGAGGCUAUCAGAGAUUGGCCUAGACCUAGUAGUGCCACGAGAUCAGGAGUUUUCUGGGUUUGCAGGCUACUACAGGAGGUUCGUCAAGGGGUUUGCUACUAUGGCGCAGCCGAUGACGAAGUUGACUGGGAAGGAUGUCCGUUUAUUUGGUCAGCUGAGUGUGAGGAGAGCUUUGGUAGCUCAAGGAGAUGUUGACUACUACACCGUGUUGGCGUUACCCGAGCUAGGGAAGCCUUAUGCGGUGUAUACAGAUGCUUCAGGCAUUGGUCUUGGUUGUGUGCUGAUGCAGGAGGGCAGAGUUAUUGCAUAUGCUUCGAGACAGUGGCAGGGCAUACAGGUCUUCACAGAUCACAAGAGUUUGCAGCAUAUCUUCACUCAGCCGAUGAUGAACGCGAGACAGACGCGCUGGGUUGAGUUCUUGGCGGACUAUCAGUUGGCGAGAUCAGUACCUUGCGUUUGUGUGCCAUUUCGCAUGGAGCCUUUGGGUUUGGAGGCAGUGGAUCAGGCGGAUCUACUUAGCAGGAUCAGAGUUGCUCAGCAGAGUGAUCAGAGUUUGCUGGAUGCGACUAGAGUGACUGGUUCUGAGUAUGAGGUCUCUGCGAAUGGGACUAUCUUGGUUCGUGGGCGAGUUUGUGUGCCUAAGGAUGUGGAGUUGAGACAUCAGAUUUUGGGAGAGGCUCACGCGAGCAAGUUUUCCAUUCAUCCGGGAGCGACCAAGAUGUACCAUGACCUCAAGAGGUACUAUCAUUGGGUCGGGAUGAAGAGGGAUGUAGCAGACUGGGUUGCGAAGUGCAACACUUGUGCCUUGGUGAAGGCAGAGCAUCAGGUUCCGGGUGGCCUUUUGCAGAGUUUACCCAUUCCAGAGUGUAAGUGGGACAGGAUUACGAUGGAUUUCGUGGUUGGACUACCUGUCUCGAGGACUUUCAAUGCUAUUUGA